CUCCCCCCCAUUUAUUUAAUUAAAUUUUGAAUACUUCUAUACAAUUACAAAUCUUAGUGCUCUGUCCUAGAUCCUCUUCUAGCUAGCUACUUUUACAGUAAGUACAACACAACUUGCUGCUGGGUUACCGUCUCUAUUCUCCAGAUAUGAAUGAAUCGAUAUUUAAGUCUUAUGGAAAAGCUCUUGAUCUAUUGUGGGAUGCUAAUAUCAAAUGGUACAACUUGGGAAUUGCUCUGGAAGUAGACCCAAACACACUGGAAGGCAUCAGGAUCACCAACCAAAAUAACUGCAAUGUCUGCUUCAAUGCUAUGCUUAAGAGCUGCUCAGAGACAAACAGCAGUAUCACUUGGACUGGUGUGUGUGAAGCCCUUAGGAAACCAUCAGUGGCUCGUAUUGAUGUGGCAAAGAAGAUUGAAGAAAAGAUACCCUCCAUGAUUCGAAAAAGGAGCCAUCAAAAUAGUGUUGGAGGUUCGAGUGAUAGUGAUGCUUACGAAGAAACGUUUGAAGAAAAACCGGGUGCCCCAGCUACCAGCCCACCACUUGUACCAUACAAAAGAAGAAACAUGAGGAAUGAUAGCACUGCAGAGCAUGAAAAGAUGGAUCUGGAAACUGAAUCAGAAUCCAUAGACAAUGCAUUUAUAAAACUGCGAAGUGACACGAUAAAGUCUUUGACUAAAAAAACAAGUCCAGAAGAUCUUGUUGAUUAUUUGCAAAAUUUUGGACGUAAAAAGGCAGCUGUGAAACAUGAGGACGGAGAGAAUGAGGUGUUGGCUAACUAUUUUGAUGAUUUGGAAAAAGAUGAUUCGAUAAAAGCUAUCUUCAAACGGAUCCGCAAGUUUAUGUCGUUCUUGGAUUAUCACCUUCUGGAAAAAAUCAUUGACGAGCAUGGAGACGAGAAGGAUAACGAGAAUUUGACGAAGUACAUCAAAAAGCUCACAGUUUUUCUCGAGAAUUGGCAGGUGGAACCUCUUGUAGUCAACGAGAGUACGGAAGAUCAGACAAAGCUGAAAUUCAAGCUUGAUACCUACUCACUGACAUGUUAUAAUCAAAUCAAAACGGUCAUAGCCAAUUUAUUUCAACGGCAUAGUUGUGAAGUUGUUGUGACAAGUAUCGAUUCUGGCUGUGUUGAGCUUGUCUUUGCACUGCCUAUGACAGCAGUUGAGAGGCUGCCAUCCCUCACUCUCUCCCAGAUUGCCGAAGUAGCCGAGUGGACCCCUACUGUGCUUAAUGUGACGGUGGUAGAUGGAUCAUUGAAAGAUAGUAUCAUCUAUGGGGUGCCGAUCUCAGAGAUGGUGCUGCAAGCCUGUCGCAAUAAGACCCCCCCAAAUGUUGACCUGGUUAGAAACUAUCUGGAGCAAAACAGUUAUGACGUCAACAUAAGAGAAGAUGAUGAGUUUAAAUGGAGCUCGUUGAUGUGGGCUCUUGAGAACAAACACUUUGAGAUUGCCAAACUGCUCCUGAAGUACAAGCCUGAAGUUCGUAUUCAGGACAAGAAAGGGUGGUCUCCGUUGGUGCUGGCUUGCAGAGCAGGAGACCUGGAGAUAGUGCAGGGAAUAGUGGCACUGGGAGCAGAGAUUGACCUGCCCACAGAUGAAGGUUGGACUCCUCUGAUGUGGGCUGCUCAAGAGGGUCAUGCCGAGAUGGCUAGAUUUCUACUAGAGAAAGGAGCAUUUGUGGAUUUCCCUGACGAGAAUGGGUGGACUCCAGUCAUGCAAGCCAGUCAGGGAGGUCAUGUGGAUGUGAUGAAUAUCCUGCUGGACCACAACGCUAAAGUCAGCCACUUGACUUCUUCUACAACCUGGUGUGCUCUGAUGGCGGCUGCUAAGAACAAGCACAGUGAUGCGGUGGACACACUUCUGAAGAGAGGAGCUCAAGUGGACAUACAGAGAGAUGAUGGAUCCACCACACUACAAGUUGCUAGCUACUACUCAGGCAACUCUGGUAUCAUAGACACUUUGAUCAAUCGUGGAGCAAAUGUUGAUCAUGUAAACAAGGAUGGCAUGACUGCUCUAAUGCUGGCCUCCAGUAAGGGACACCUGGACACAGUACAAGCUCUGCGGAGUGGUGGGGCAGACCUGAACCAGGAACAUACCGGGAGUGGUUGGACCGCCCUCUUCUUUGCUGCCAAAGCGGGGAACUGUGAUGUGUUUAGAGAAUUGUUGUGUCGAGGAGCAGUAACAGAGACCUCGUCAGAUAAAGUUGAAAAUGUUGCUCGCAUGUCAGCUAGCCAUGAGGAACUCCUGUCAGACCUUGGGAAAUACAAGAAGAUAUCAGAAUGGAAAAAGGAUACCGAGAAGCUUGCACAUGAGCGAACAAGGAAAGCAAUGGAAGCUUUGGAGCGUUUUGCACAGACUCUCAGUUUCUCCAACACCUGUAGUAGCGAAGUGAGAGCUUCAGCUGAACUGUUGAAUACUCUUAGAAGAGAGAUCUCUUGUAACAAUAACUAGAUUAUUGACAGUUUUAAAUGCAUUUUUUUUUUACCUUAUUUUGUUGCACAAUUAUACAUCUUUUUUAUUGUACCUAAUACCUUGUAUUAAUCUACAUGCAAAGCCUG